CUGUGGACCUGCGGGCGCCCCCGCCCAGCUCAGCCCGCCUGCCGGCCAUGAACGCCUCCUGUUGCCCACCCUCUGUCCAGCCCACGCUGCCGAACAGCUCGGAGCACCUGGCGCCCCCCGCCCCAGGCAACCACAGCGGCGCGGGCUUCUGCGAGCAGGUCUCCGUGCAGCCCGAGGUCUUCCUGGUGCUGGGCAUCGUCAGCCUGCUGGAGAACGUCCUGGUCAUCCUGGCCGUGGCCCGCAACAGCAACCUGCACUCGCCCAUGUACCUCUUCCUGUGCAGCCUGGCCGCAGCUGACAUGCUGGUGAGCGUGUCCAACGCCCUGGAGACCGUCAUGAUCGCCGUGGUCAACAGCGAUGCCCUGGCCUUUGAGGACCAGUUCCUGCAGCACAUGGACAACGUCUUCGACUCCAUGAUCUGCAUCUCGCUGGUGGCGUCCAUCUGCAACCUGCUGGCCAUCGCCGUGGACCGAUACGUCACCAUCUUCUACGCGCUGCGCUACCACAGCAUCAUGACGGUGAGGAGGGCCCGCGCCCUGAUCGUGGCCGUCUGGGCGGGCUGCGGCGUCUGCGGCGUGCUGUUCAUCGUCUACUCCGAGAGCAAGAUGGUCAUCGUGUGCCUCAUCACGCUCUUCUUCGCCAUGCUGCUGCUCAUGGCCGCCCUCUACGUGCACAUGCUCCUGUUCGCCCGGCUGCACGUGCGGCGCAUCGCGGCCCUGCCCCCAGCCGCCGGGGCGGCCCCGCGGCCGCGCUCCUGCCUGAAGGGGGCCGUCACCGUCACCCUCCUGCUGGGUGUCUUCGUCGUCUGCUGGGCGCCCUUCUUCGUGCACCUGGUGCUCAUCAUCGCCUGCCCCACCAACCCCUACUGCGCCUGCUACACGGCCCACUUCAACACCUACCUGGUGCUCGUCAUGUGCAGCUCGGUCCUCGACCCCCUCGUCUACGCCUUCCGCAGCCCGGAGCUGAGGAACACCUUCAAGGAGAUCCUGUGCUGCUGCGGGGCCAUGAACCUUGGGUAG